AUGUCGGCAAACCCAAAGUAUGCACCCGGGAGUAAGGUUGUGUUUAUUGAGGAAUUCAUAGGCCCAAGCAAUGUCCAGAAAGCACCCAAAGGACAAACAGCAGACGUAGUUAGCUCCCAUGUUUCUCAAGGGAAGUCACAUCACUACAAUCAAGGAGACAUUGUCUAUGUGGUGAAGUCACAUGCAACCGGCAUGAAUAUUGUGGGGGUCCAAGAAGAAUACUUGGAGGAAGUAAGUUAG